UUUAGUUGCAGUUUAGUUGUGGUUGUCUGCCGAACUCCGUGUCCGAUAAAUUCCGAGACUCCGACAAAAAAACAGAGAUGAAUCUUCUUCUUCGUCUUCGCUGAAUCUGACCCCAUUUCUUAAGAGAUCGUUCAUGGCGUGGGAUUUGUUCCUCUGGGUUCUCUCUUUCUUCAUCAGCUUGGCCCUCGUUGCUUCCGUCUUCUAUCAAAUGAUCUGUUUAACGGAUUUGGAAGCCGAUUACCUGAACCCUUUCGAGACAGCAACACGCAUAAACCGGGUGAUACUCCCUGAGUUUGUCCUUCAAGGGGCACUGUCCUGUCUCUUUCUCGUCACAUGGCAUUGGGUCUUUUUCCUUGUCGCCGUCCCCGUUACAUGCUACCACGCGUUGCUAUAUAUGGACCGACGGCAUCUGAUUGAUGUGACUGAGGUGUUCAGAGGCCUUAGCUACGAGAAGAAGCUCCGGUAUUUCAAGCUCGGCUUCUACUUGGCUCUCUUCAUAAUGGUCGUCUUCAGGCUGACUCUCUCGGCGGUCUACAGCUUCACCGAGGACGAAGAUCUGCUUCACCUGUUCUGAUUCCCAUUUCUUCAGGCCAUUUGAAUCACUGACUGAUUUAUUUAAUGAGUGAAAAAUCAUAUGAGAAGAUGUUUUUGGGAUUCAUGAUUGCCGCUGAGUGUCCCUCGACAAUGCCAACGUCUUUUGUCCGUGUCCCAUGUUGUUUUGGAUGUUGGGACAUGACCAAACCAGCAAGGGGGAAUCCCACAAGAGGAAAUUUUCUUUUCAAUCAAGAAUGGUUUUUAUUUUA